ACAAAACCACAAAUCCCGUAAGUGAAGAUUAAGCAAGAACCAAACAUGGGUAUUUGCAGCUCCAAUGUGCUAAACCCAUCAUCGUCAUCACCUUCGCUUGCUGCAGUGCUCAUCCUGGAAAAUGGCCAACUUGAAGAGUUCUCGUAUCCAGUUACAGUUUCACAAAUACUAAAGAGAAACCCCAGUUGUUUCGUAUGCAAAGCAGAUGACAUGAACUAUGAUGAUUUCAUUUUAGGCAUUGAUGACGAUGAGGAGCUUCAGCUACACCAGCUUUACUUUGCAUUGCCUGUAAGUUGGCUAAGUAGCCGGCUUAAACCUCAGCAAAUGGCUGCCUUGGCUGUUAAAGCAAGUUUAGCUCUAGAAACGGCUGGGAUAUCCUCCUCUGGUUUAUACUAGUACUAAGGCUAUGGAUUGCAGUAGAAUGCUUCUUGGCGGUGACGGCAGUGGCAGCAGCAGUGGGGGUAAAGGAUUCAUGGUGAAUAGGGAAGGUAAGGGGCGGAGAAGAAGUGAAUUUAGUCUAAAGAUUUUAGAUGUUAUCACGGAGGACUAAGACUCCGCAUAACGUCUUUAGACGUAAUUACAUGUUAUGUAUGAGUAUGUUCUUCCUAGUGAAUUAUGUAAAAUUGCUAAUUGAAAUAUGUGUUGAUUGAGGUACUUAAUGGUGCUUCAACCUUUUUUUGUUCUUUUAAUUAUUUUUAUCGGAUUAUAUAGCUGAGGGAGGGGAGAGUUGCAUCUGCCUCUUUGCCCAAAUUGAAAAUUUUAACUGCAUAAUGAGACCCUAAUUUGAUAUCAAAUAAAAGGUCUAUUAUACAUAUAAAGCCCGAACAAAAAAGGAAGGAGUUAGAUUAAGAAGCUCCCUCUGCAGUGGAGGUGUUAAUAUUUUUUGUCACAAAAGAAAAAAAAAAAAAAAAGAGAUGUUAAGUUUGUUUUUUUAAAACUUCUAUAUUCAAUUAAUUGCUUAAGAAUUGCACUUCUCUUUUG